AUGUCCGCUGACUUCGCAGACGCGAACCUGGCGCAGAUACGCGACACUAUCAAUAGCCUCCAAGCUCCCAUCCCAGACCUGUCUACCCUCCUCUCACUCCUAGCCGCGCCGCUCGCGAGCAUUGGGCUUCUACCCCCACGGUUCAGGCAUAUCGAUGUCUUUCCAAUACGCGGUGAAACGCUCAACAUUUCGCGACAUAUUCCGCUUUUACAAAGAGCUCUACUGGAGCAUGUCAUCCCAACCUGGGAGCCUCUCCUUGCGCAGGAAUCCGCGUAUGAAUUGGUUGAGCAGUACUUCUGUCCAGACGCGAUGUCUUUCGCGUCUCCAGCGGCAAGCCAGAUCGCCCUAUAUGCCUAUUCUACGUUGUUGUCAGUUCCUCUGCAGAAUUAUUCUGUAGGUUUGCUCGCCAAGUUAUGCAAAGCUUAUCCCAUCGACGUCCUCCAUUCUGUUCUGUUCCCUGUCGGCGGUACACCUGCUCUCACUGGGAGGCAUUCCGUCACCUGGGAGGAUUGUGUUCGUGAUAUCAUAGCCGUACCUGCUAAGGUCACGAACUAUAUGGGUACCCGACGCGAUUUGCCGUCUGUUCUGGAACCCGGAGUAUAUUACACCAACGUGAGUGUCCGCACGGAAAACCUGAUAUUCAGCUCUUGUACUGUACGGUCUCAAGAACGAAAAGCAUCCGUUGCCUAUCUCAUUGGCAAAUUGGUCAACGUUGGGGUGUUUCCGCCUUCCGUUCCCAUGAGCCCCGCCCAGCCCUCCUUCUUUCAGAGUGUCAUGCCCACCAUCCGUGCUCGUCUUGGGACGGCCGACGCUCUGGAUUAUUCAAGAUUCUGGGCGGAUCUACUUGUGUCCCUACCUACCUCCCACGCCCUGAGGUCGGUGCUGACAUCCCUGUUCUCGUCUGUGAGGACUUGCAGUGCCGCUUUUGAUCCUGCCCCACGGACAAGGGCAUCAGUCAAGCGGGAAGCGCAUUUACUCAGACAAUUGCUCGGUCCCCUGACAAAGGAGAAUACCGAGCUCUCUGACUGCUUCAGCGCAGUCGCUCUGGGCCGCACAUGGGGAGAGGGUCAUGCCAGAAUCUUCGCUUGCUGGGCUGCCGGUGCUCAGAAGGGGUCAAGGACAAGGGAAGGAUUGGACGUCCUCUUGGCGAAGGUCAUCGACUUGUGGACUGAUACCGACCAUGUCAGACAUUCACUUCUUUCACAGCAUCAAUACCUCACAGCACUGCUGCUUCUCACCGUCAAUCACUUUCCUGCGCUAUCCCCCGCCCAUGAGCUGGUCAUGUCGCCACAAUUCGUCCAAUCAAUCUCCUUGUACAUCUCACACCUUGAUCCUUCGGUGCGUAGAUGCGGGAUGCUGGUAGCCGAAGAAGUGGCUCGUGCGGCGGGCAAGAAGCUCGACUUCGGCGAAUGGGAAGGGGACGGACAGGGUAGCGCCUGGUGCAGACAGCUGAGAGAAGUACUCAGGCAGAGCGAUGCGGACGCAGAUGAAGUUCUGGCAGAGGAUCUGGACGCUGAGAACUCGUCGAAAACCCGACAUAUCAGGGUACCAGAGGUAGAAGAAUCGGCCCCAAGCAACGUCGCCAUUGAGGUUCCGGCUUCAGGGUAUGACUCCGAUGACUCUCUCACAGGAUACGCAUCCCCUGCGUCUUCACGCUCCGCCUCCCCAACACCUUCCGAGUUGGCUGAGAUCGAGAAAGAUCCUACGCUAAACGUUGGCAUCAAGAAAGUAUCUCGCCCUGUGUACCUAGCGCAGCUUGGCGAGAUGGUUCGACCUACAAGCGGAGUACAAACAGACGACGAGCAAAACACGGUAGCAAAAGUGGAGGUAGCGCUCGAUGUAGCCGAAGAGCUUAUCAGAAGGAAGAGUGGUUACGGCACAGAAUUGGAGGAAAACGCGGUCAACCUCGUGUAUGGCUUCAUCGGCUUGCAGGACAAUUACGACUUAGGUGGUUUCGAUCAUAAGCGACAAGCAGCCUUGAAUGCGCUUGUCGCCUGCUGCCCUCGAAAGGCUGCGCCCACGAUCAUCGAGCAAUUUUUCACGAACCAGUACUCUACAGACCAGCGGUUCACUAUGCUCAAUGCGCUGGCCCUUGGUGCGCAGGAACUAGCCUCUCUUCCCAUCCCAGAACUAUCCGGCCGGCAACCCCUUACGGCGGAGAAAACCGCGUUCCCAAGCAAAAGACUCCCACCCGCCCUUCACAACAAGUAUCUUACUUCCAGCGAUCAAUUGAACGCCAACAAUCCUGUCCAGCUCCUUCUCGACGGGAUAAGCCAGGUCGCAAUCGAAAAGAGCAAAGAUGCCACGGCGGACAAGGUACCAGAGCUCGUCCGUGAACGCCACCUCCGCGUCCGUGGAUCACCCAGAAUUGCUGAAGUCUCUCCUCCGUCGUCAUCCUCUGCAAGGAGCGCACUCAGGCGGGCAAUUGCGAACACUGGUUCUACACAUCCUAAGCUCACAACCUUCACGGAUGUCGCCGCCGAGUUCUUCAUCUGCCCUCUGAUUAACCGCUUCUGGCUCUUCCUCCGAGACGAGCAAGCGCGCGAAGACCGUACCGCACACCAGCCCCUCUUGCACAGGUAUCGGGGAGCGGGGACGGGACUGGUGCUUUCCUCGCUUGUUCUCGGGCGCAUGAUGGAGACUAUUGCAGUCCUCGUCCAUGCAGCACGCAAUGCUCGCGAGUGGCUGGCGGUCAUUGCACCCGAUGCAUUGGAGCUUGCGAUCACGCUCGGUACACGCCCUGUUUCGCGCGGAGAGGGCAUGGACGACGGCGUCGAUCCGGACCAACAUGGGAAGUCGGGCCUCCCAGGAGAGAAGAAGAGCAACAAGGAAGCUGCCCUCCUCACAGCAGCCUUGGAGCUCGCCCUCAUUGUCUUGGACGGCUGCCUCGAUCUAGACGGUGGACGUUCGCUCGGCCUUGAACAUACUGCGCUUCUCGUUGGGUCAGGCGAGUGGGCCAACAAGGUCUUCGGUAGCUUGGAGGAGGGUGCGAGGGUUCUCGGAGGAGGCGGAGCGCAGGAAGUCCGUCUGCGUCGCGCCGCAGCUGCAGUUCUACUCAAAUUGGACGAGCUGACGUCCAGAUGGAGGCGGUCAAUGAUAGACGUGGUGUAGCAUUUACAGUUCAUGUUGGAAGCCUCAAACUCAGAUACGUACAAUUCACAUACGGUCCGCGAGCUUGCUACGAUAUGCAAUCCGUAGGCCCGUUCCUCCGCGUUGUUAGCCCUAGUUGACGAUACUCAAUCAGUCCC